GCUGGGCUGUAUGGUAGCCAGCAAAAUCGUCUCCCUAGAUGACUCUGACAACUAUUUCAUCCCCGACGGUUGCAAGCCUGGGGUCAAGAGUUUGAACUUCGCUUUCCUGUACCCCUUCGUAAAUGUCAUGACAAAAAAAGCCAUAGAAUGCUUUCGAAAGAACGGUCCGGCAGGGUUUGGAUACGAUGAUAUGCCUGCUGGACUACCUGACGCCUUAGACAGCAGACUAGAAGGAGGAAAUGCAUGUACUAUCGUGGAUUCUAUGCUUGAAUCAGUUUUAACAAUAAGAGGAUCCUCAACUGUGACAACCAUACUUGAUCUUGGAUCAGGAUCUGGAAUGUUGACUCGUGCACUGGGCAAACGUUUUCCUGACGUCACAGUCUACGGUGCCGACUUCAAUGAAGACGCCAUUGACAAAGCAAAAGCCAAAACGGAAAACCUUGCUAAUGUGAAGUUUCUCACGGCAAAUGCGUCAUCAUUGCCAAACGAUUGGACAAAAACAUUCGAUUGGAUAAUUAUUCAUGACGUGCUUCAUGAUCUUCCAUAUCCAGUAGAAUGCAUGAGCGAGGUGUUCCGAGUAUUAAAAGACGACGGUGUGGUUUCCAUUGCAGAUCCAGCCGUUCACAGUUGCCAUAGAGAUAACAUAGGUGACUUGAAUCUUGCCGCAGUAGGGUACAGCCUCAGCUCGGUUAUCUGCCUUCCGAGUAGUCUGUCGACAGAGGGCGCUGCAGGGAACGGUAUUGGCUGGGGUACAGAGAAUAGGGAAGCAUUUGUGACCGAGGCAGGUUUCUGUGUUAAGAACAAGCGUAAAAUAGGCAUGUCUUGUUACUUGACUUGUGUCAAAACUGAAUAAAUAUGAAAGAUUUUGGAAUUGUUCAGAGGCUGAUAUUUGCCCAUAAAAGGUUGUUGUUGAGUCUUACAAUCAGAAUAAAAUAUGUGUAUCUGUGUUGAAUAUUUUAUUCUUGACGUAUAUUUCACAACGGUCACAGUGUAUGUAAAAGUUGUGGUAGUAUAAUAUUGUUGAAAAUGUACUACUAUUGCCAAUGAUCUUACAAACCUUACAGUUCUUGUAAGAUUUGCAACCAAUCCAGCGUUCAAUUUUUACAAAGCUCAUUUCUUCAACAAGUCGUGCAUGCAGCCAAUCAGCAUUUAGUCCGAAGAAAGCGAAACUACAUACAUACAAACGUAACAUUUGCGCACCUAUAUAGACAUGCUAUAAUUGAUUGGUUUUUUUCGUCAUCGCAAAUGAGGACACAACAAAUGAUACAAUUGUACUGUAUAUGUAAAAUUUAAUAUUAUAAGAACAUUCAUCAACAGUACGCAUCGAAUCUC